UGACGGUGAAAUCGUAGAGGGGACGACCCCUCUUGCCCUACUCCGCUGUGCGCAACGUCAUUGUGCUGUGUGGGGCCAUGAUUGUUGGAGUGUGUGUGCGUCCCUCGAGCUACGCGCAGACCUGCCCAGUAAAUACGAGGUUUCCGUUCUCUGUGCGUGUUGAAAGAGUGCGUAGUAAAGGAAGAAAAGUCUUGUCUCAUCGGCAUCCUGGAUCACCGGCGUGUCCAUCAUGCCGUUGAGUAUUGGGGUUAACUUAAGAGUGACCGGACACUGUAAUCAGGGCGGUCGUAAGUACAUGGAGGACAUGUUCAGCGUGGCUUUUCAAUCGACACCGGAUGACAAAGAUUUGGAAUAUGCCUUCUUCGGAAUAUUCGAUGGCCAUGGUGGCGGCGAAGCAGCUACUUUUGCCAAAGAACAUCUAAUGAAUGUUAUUGUAAAACAGAAGAAUUUUUGGAGUGAUCGUGACGAGGAUGUACUUCGAGCCAUCAAAGACGGAUAUGUGAACACGCACUAUGCGAUGUGGCGGGAGCUUGAUAAAUGGCCAAGAACCGCAUCCGGAUUACCAUCUACGGCUGGGACUACGGCUAGCAUAGCCUUCAUUCGUAAAGGAAAGAUUUAUUUAGGCCAUGUAGGAGAUUCUGCCAUAAUAUUGGGAUACCAAGUAGAUGGUGAUCCUCAAUGGCGAGCCGAAGCUUUAACCAAGGAUCAUAAGCCAGAAAGUGGACCAGAAAUGAUGAGAAUACGUGAAUCUGGUGGUAAAGUUGUUAGUAAAUCUGGAGUUCCAAGAGUUGUAUGGAACAGACCUCGUAUAGGACAUAAAGGACCAGUUCGAAGAUCAACUCAUAUAGAUGAAAUUCCUUUUCUUGCUGUUGCUAGAUCAUUAGGUGAUCUUUGGAGUUAUAAUUCUGAAUUAAACACAUUUGUUGUAUCUCCAGAACCAGAUGUUAAAGUAGUUGCAAUUGAUGUUGAAUCACAUCGUUGUCUUAUUUUUGGAACAGAUGGUUUAUGGAAUAUGUUAACACCUCAAACUGCAGUAGCUAUAGUUCAAGCCGCAGAUAGACAUAACGAAAAACAUCUAAUUGCUUCUCAACAAACAUGUAAUGGGCAAACUGAUAAUGUUCAACUAUGGAUAAAUCCUUCAAAAAGUUUAGUAGAUAGAGCAUUAGAAAAAUGGUCAUCAAAAAGAUUACGUGCAGAUAAUACAAGUGUAGUUACAUUGAUGUUAGAUCCACCAGGUCCAUCUCGUAGUGAGGUUCUAUUGAGUCAGAAAGAAUGUCUUGUGAUGCAUCAUACGAUCCAUACACCUACACCUGUACCUGUUGAAACUCCAGAGAGAUUGAAUUAUAAUCCAGUCUUUUUGAGUAUACCAAGACCUUCUCCCAUGAUAAAUCAUAAUGAUCUUAAAGGAUCAGAUUUCUCAGAUCAAAUUCAAGAAAAUAAAAAGGAAUCGAAUGUAGAAAAUAUUUUACUUGUAGAAAAAGUAGAAGAAAAUCAAAAUCAAGUAGAUGAAAAGCACAUGUCUAUUCAGAAAACUUUUGUAGAUGAAAAUAUUCAAGCUAUAGAAACAUCAUCCAAUAAAGUAUUAGAAAGAAGUAUAGAAGUAAAUAAUCUUGAAUCUGAAACAAUUCCAGUAGAAAAAAUCGAAAAUAUCGAAGAACAAACAAAAACAACAAAACAGGAACAUGAUGUGCUGAUUCAUGAUCUAUUAAUUUCACAAAAUUCAUCUGAAAUAGAAAAUAAAAACGAUCCUAACGUUUCAAAUGUGAUUCACCAAAGUGCAUUUUCUAAUGAUUGUAAUGGUACACAUUCUUCUGCAGUUGUUAACAACAUAGAAAAUAAUGAAACUAUUUCGGAAAAUACUGCUUGUAGAGAAAAUGAAAUAAAAACUAACAUAUUGAAUGGAUCACGUCAUAAACAAUCAACAGUGUUUUCUACAUCAAGAAAAGAAGUCCGAAGCAGAAGAAGAAGACACAGUUUAAAUACACAUUCGCGUAACACUCUCAUGGAUACGGGUUCUCUAGAAACAAAAACAUAUGUAAAUUCUAGACUUAAAUCGCGUAGUACAAAAGUGUCUGUGACAAAUAACAUGGUAGAGGAAGGUGUGAAAAACUCGGCAAAUAAAACGAGCAGUAGUGCUAUUGGUAAACGAAGACAUAGUGCAAUAUCUCAGAGUGUAAUUAACACGGUCGAAGAAUCAUGUAUAUUACAAGAACCAUGCGUUAAAAGGAGAACGCGCUCAGAGGAUCGUCCAAAUCCGGUCGAUGAGAAUGAUCCAGCAAAUCAAGCCACGAAAGAUGCGAGUGGUAAUUUAAGUUGGACUACCACAGAAUCCAAUAUUACUCGUUCUACAGCUGGUGCUACCACUGUACCUGUACAGGAAAGACUGUCUUCGCUAAAUAACUUCCAAAGAAAUUUGGGAAAGAAAGCUACACCGGUGAAGACUAUUAGAAGACCAUCUAUUAAAGGUCUGUUAAAACAGUUGUGGGCUGCUAGUCUCAGUGCAAGAGAGUGGGAUCAGGGGAGAAGUAAUCGAUCAAAUAAUUGUAACGAGCGGAGGAUAAAUCGAACUAUGUCUAUUAUAGGUUCUUCGGAUAAUACCACCGUACCGCAACGUUGGCUCAGGUCGGAUACUAUUGCGGCGACACCUGUAAAAACACUACGCUCACGUAAUGUAGAUAUAACUGGUCACACGAUAUCUGCACAAUUAGUACAUCAGUAUGGCAUAGUAAAGCAAAGUCGACUUUCUUUGCCAAGUAAAUUGAAACAGUCCAAUAAUAAUGGAUUUCUACAAUCGAGUAGAGUAAGGUCUUCGUCUUUAACAUCUAGUAUAAAACAAGCUAGCAGUAAUAAUGGAAAUGGAGCUUGUUCUACGAUUAAUCCUACCAACACGGGAUGUAACUCUAGUUCCGGAAUGGCUAAAAGAGUUAAAUCACCAUAUAACCCGAGUGCUAGAUCAUUAAGCACGCGAUCUCGCAUUAAACGCCUUGGAAAAUGAGAUAGGGUAAUGUAUAUUAAUUAUAUUACUUGUUACAUUAAACAGGGUAUUUUUUACCCUGAUCAAAUUUUUAUUUACUUCGCUUUUCAUAUUUAUGAAAAGAUACUAGUUGAAAGAAAAGCUAUUCUCGUAUUAUUGCAUUUUAUCUUGAAGCUUAAAGAUAAUGUAGAUAAGCUCAAUUGACUCAAUUUUCCAAACAUCUUGUCGGGAUUAGAUUUGCAUUUUAUGGACCAAUCAAUUUACGUAACAAAAAAUUAUCAAUUUCCGUUGUUUCCUAUUUUAGUUCUAACUUCUUCUUACAAUUUUCUUGCUAGUAAGUAAUAAAUAAUCACACGUAUUACACGAAGAUACUAUUGUAAAUAAAGCAAUAGUUUGUUAUCAAUAAAGUAGUAUCUUAAACUUCCACGGCACACUACGGGUGAAAAGUCGAUCAUAUUUUUCAUAUUUGCAUAUUUUCACGCAUUGAAGAAUAUCAAUAAUGUAGAUAUUCAUUGAAUAAUGUAAUAACGUGUUUUUUCGUGUUUCGUUCUCGAGAAAGGAAUAUAACAGAAAUAAAAUUGCAUGCUUAUUUUCCGAUUGUAGAUAAUUGAAAAUCGUGAUGAUCUUAUUGUUAUUCAUGUAUAAUUUCCCAAAUGUAACAGUAUCCUUUUAUCACCGUACAACGCAUAUUUUUUGAUUGAAAAGUUAAUAUUAUUUAUUUCGUUUUUCAAGUAUGAUUAAAAUAUUUCUCUUUCUCAAAUAACAAAUCACGAUAUUAAUUUUAUCAAUUGUUUCAUUUGAAUCUGAUUUUGUCAUCAGAAAACUAAAUACAUUUUUAUCACUUUUCACUUUCUUAAAAGUCAGUUUGACUAUAUGUAUAAGUAAUAUUGAAAGACUUCUUUUAUUUUUUAUGCUUUCUAAUAUCUGACUAGCUUAUGAAGCGUUAAUUAUAAGAGAAGAAGUUUAAAAUUAAAAAAAAAAGAAGUACAUGAACAUAUGUAUAAAAUAUGUGAGCAUGAAAAGACUUAAAAAAAAAAAAAAAAAAAAAAACAAGAGAAUGACUGUACCGACAGAGUGUGUAUGUGAUUUGUAGAAAUUAUUUCGAACAAUUCCUCAACUUGUUCGGACGAUGCGAUUUUUUAAUCGAUUUAAUAGUAUUAUUAAAUCGGUUAAAAAAACUACAUCGUCUGAAUGAGUUGUAAAAGUUACAGUCUUCUAAGAAGGAAUGAUUUUUAAACGGAUUAACAAGUCGUUAAAGAGAAAAUAUGACUUGUUAGAAUUAAAAAUUAAAAUAUCUAGUACGUAGGUACGUAAUCAUCUGCUUUGGCCGAGUGAGUAGCUGUUCAAAAUUCAUUCGAUA